AUGGCGACAAUUGAUGGUGUUGUUAUUAAGGAUUCGGUGAAGGUAAAUCACAUUUUUGAGGUUUUCUGGGUCCUGCAGCGAUCUACAGUAGUCUAGACAUGAAAUUUCGAGUUUCUCUUGAAAUUUGGGUCUCAGAGCGAUCUACAGUACUUCUAGACCCUGAAAUCCAGAUUUUUCUUAAAAUUUGGGUUUUGGAGCGAUCUACAGUACUCCUAAACGUGAAAAAUUGGGUUUUUCUCGAAAUUUGGGAACUGAGAAGAUCUACAGUACUCCUAGACCCUGAAAUCCAGAUUCUUCACAAAAUUUGGGUCCCGGAGCGAUCUACACUGUUCUACAGUACUCCUAAACCUGAAAAAUUGGGAUUUUGCUCAAAAUUUGGGUCCUGGAGCGAUCUACAGUACUCCUAGACCCCAAAAUCCAGAUUUUUCUCGUGAAAUUUGGGUCUUGGAGCGAAAUACAGUACUCCUAGACAUGAAAAUUCGAGUUUCUCGUGAAAUUUGGGUCUCAGAGACAUCUACAGUACUUCUAGACCUGAAAAUUCCAAUUUUCUGUGAAAUUUGGGUCCUGGAGCGAUCUACAGUAUUCUAGACAUAAAAAAAUCCAGAUUUUCCACAAAAUUUGGGUCCUGCAGCGAUCUACAGUACUUCUAGACCUGAAAAUCCAUGUUUUUCGCAAAAUUUGGCUCCAAAUCAUCUAAAAAUUCGAAAAUUUCAGGUCGAACGAAUUGGUGUCCACUCACAUAUUCGUGGACUUGGCCUAAAUGAGCGAUUAGAAGCGGCGCCAGUUGCCGACGGAAUGGUUGGACAAUUGGCAGCUCGCCAAGCUUCUGGUUUCAUUGUCAAAAUGAUUCAGGAGGCCAAAAUUGCCGGAAGAGCACUUUUGAUCACUGGUUGGUGAUCAUACAUCAGUAUCCCCGGAUUUUCGUCCGGAGGGGGUCUGGCUAACUUUGGAAAAAAGGCGUGGGGACCGGCUAACUUUUUGAAAAAAUAACAAUUUACCUCCCAAAAACCAAGUUUUUUCUCUUUUUUUUUUGAGGGGGUCUGGCUAAUUUUUGUAUUUUCACAUUCCGGGGGUGGCUAAUUUUGAGACCCUGACCGGGAGAAACCGAUGUAUGUUGGUGAUUUUUGGGUGGAAAUUUGAGAUUUUUUGAGUCCGGAACUCGAAAAUUUGAGCUCUAGAGCUUGUUUUUGAGAUUUGGAGCAUUUAUGAGCUCUGUAACAUUUUUCUAAUAUUUUUGAGCGGAAAUUCGGGAUUUCUGGAUAAUUUUCAAUCUCCGAGCCGGAGUUUCAAGAUUUUUGGCUCAAUUUUGAUCUCUGCAGCUCUGGAGCCAAAUUUUCAGAUUUGAAAAUGUUUCUCAAAAACUACAGUAAUCUCGAGACUAGCUGACUAGAAAAAAUGACUAGAUUUUUCAGAAUAAAUUGAAAUUCCCCACGAAAAAAAAUCGCGGAUUUUGUACGUUUCAAAAAUUUGAUAUGUUUUUUUCAAAUUUUUCGAAUUUUUUGAUGGGUUGAUGAUAAAGUUUGACCUCUCUGGAUCAAAUUUGAAAGAUUUUGAGGGAAUAUUUGAAUUCCGGAGCAAAAUUGGAGGAAUUUUCGAUAAAAUUUGAGCUCGGGAGCCUAUUUUUGAGAUUUGGAGCAUUUUCCUAAUGAUUUUGAGCGAACAUUUGGAAUUUCUGACAAAAUUUGAGCUCGGGAGGCUAUUUUUUGAAUCCCCGAGCUAUUUUGGAUAAAAUUUGAGCUCCGGAGUAUAUCUUUGAGAUUUUUUGAGCUCUGGAGCAUUUUCCUAAUGAUUUUGAGCCCAGACUAACAUGAGCAAUGCUUUUCAGAGGCUAGAGAUAAGGAGAAUGUUAGAGACGCAGAGAAAAAUUAAAUUCACACUUAAAAAUAUACAUUUUUGAGAUUUGGAGCAUUUUUCCAAUGAUUUUGAGCACACACUAACAUGAGCAAUGUUUUUCAGAAGCUUGGAGAAGCAUUGCUCAUAUUAUGCCUUCACACCUAAAAAUCCCCAAUUUUCAGGUCAACCUGGAGCCGGAAAAACAGCUCUAGCAAUCGGAAUCUCAAAACAACUCGGACAAGAUACUCCAUUUGUAUCAAUCAGUGCUUCUGAAGUAUAUUCAAGUGAAAUCAAUAAAACCGAAGCAUUGACACAGGCAUUCAGAAGAGCUAUCGGAAUUCAAAUCAAAGAAGAAACUGAAGUAUUAGAGGGUGAAGUUGUGAGUUUGGAAAUUGAUAGAAGUGCGACUGGAGUGGGACCGAAAAUUGGAAAAUUGACGAUGAGAACUACGGAUAUGGAGACGAUUUAUGAUUUGGGAAGCAAAAUGGUUGAUGCUUGUUUGAAAGGUGAGCCAAUUUGGGAGAAAUGAGCCAAAAUUCGAGAUUUUUUGAGCAAUUUUGAGCCUAGGCAUGAUUUUCUGAUCAAAAUUGAGCUCAGGAGUAGAUUUUUGCGCUGAAAACUUUAAAAUUCGAGAUUUUUGAACAAUUUUGAACCUCGGAAUCAUUUUCUGGAUCAAAAUUGAGCUCAGGAGUAGAUUUUUGAGGUGAAAACUUUAAAAAAUCGAAAUUUUUUGUCAAUUUUGAGCAUGGGAAUGAUUUUCUGGUCAAAAUUGAACGCAGGAGUAGAUUUUUGAGCUGAAAACUUCAAAAAUCGAAAUUUUUGGGUAAUUUUGAGCCGGGGAUUUUUUUCUGGACAAAAUUGAGCUCAGGAGUAAAUUUUUGAGCUGAAAACUUCAAAAAAUCGAAUUUUUUGUCAAUUUUGAGCCUGAGAAUGAUUUUCUGAUCAAAAUUGAGCUCAGGAGAAGAUUUUUGAGCUGAAAACUUGAAAAAUUGAGAUUUUUGGUCAUUUUUGAGCCGGGGAAUGAUUUUCUGGUCAAAAUUGAGCUCAGGAGUAGAUUUUUGAGCAGAAAACUACAAAAAUCGAGAUUUUUGGUCAUUUUUGAGCCGGGGAAUGAAAUUUUGGCUUGAAAAUCAAGUUCUGAAAAGAAUUGAAAUAUUUUCAUGUAAAAUUUGGAAUUUUUGAUGAUUUUUGAGCUCUUAAAUGAUUUUCUGACUCAAAUCUAAAAAAAUCGCGGAUUUUGUACGUUUCAAAAAAUUUGGUAUAUUUUUUUGAAAUUUUGGAAUUUUUUGAUGGGUCCAGGUAAAACUUAGAACCAUAUAAUUGUUUGAAUUUCGAGUUCCCAACUGGAUUUUGAGCCUAGAUCUGAUUUUCUGGUGAAAUUCUGAAUUUUUGAGCCGAAUUUGACCUCAAAAAUCCAAUUUUUUGCAGAAAACAUUGUGCCAGGAGAUGUAGUUCAAGUGGACAAAUCAACAGGUCGUGUAACUCGUCUCGGAAAAUCCUUCAACAGAUCGCAUGAUUUCGAUGCGAUGGGACCAAAAGUGAAAUUGGUGAAAUGUCCGGAUGGUGAAAUUCAAAAAAGACGCGAAACUGUUCACACUGUCUGUCUGCAUGAUAUUGAUGUGAUUAAUUCGAGAACACAGGGAUAUGUUGCAUUGUUCAGUGGUGAUACUGGAGAGAUUAAGGUAGGGGUGAAAUUUUCGGUCUUGGGCGAUUUUUGGAUGGUUUUUACGUUGAAAUAUGAGCUUCUGGGGUGAUUUUUGAUGAAAAAAGCUUAAUUUUGAGCUAUUUCUCAUGAAAUUUCAGUCCCGGGGUGAUUUUACGUCAAAAAUGAGCCCAGAGAUGAUUUUUGAUGAAAAAAGCUUAAUUUUGAGCUAUUUCUCAUGAAAUUUGAGUCCUGGAACCAUUUUAUAUGAAUUUUGAGCCAUUCUCACCUAAUUCAGCUCGAAAAUGAGCUCUGCGCUGAUUUUUAAUGAAAAUCAAUGAAUUUUGAGCAAAAUUUGGAUUCUCGAGCCAAUUUUCAUGAAAUUUCACGUCCCUGGAGCAAAUAUGCUCAAUUUUGAGCUGUUUUUCAAGAAAAAAUUGAGAUUUUUUGGGUCCUGCAGCGAAUAAUCUACAGUAGUUUUCAUUAUUCGCUAGAAAACCUUGAAAUAACUACAGUAUUCCUGCUAAAAACUGAAUUUUUCGAAAAAAAAAUCGAUAAUUUUCUACAGUAAUCUGGCUAAAGUACUUUUGAAAACCUACAAAAAAUUUUUUCGAAAAAUUAAGGCUCCAGUAAUCCUAUGGGUUUAUACAGUAACCCGUCUACAGUACUCUGAAUUUUCCCAAAAUUUUAGACUACAGUAACCCGUCUACAGUACUUCAAAAUAUUUAGAUAUUCUACUACAGUAACCCAGAUACAGUACUCCCUCAAAUGUUCCUUUAAUUUGUAGUAGCCUUAUAAGGUGCUAGAAAAAUCUAAAAAUUCCACAAUUUUGAAAUUCCUACAGUAAACCACGGUACCCUGAAAUUUGAAUAAAAAAGAAAAAAACGGAAUUUUUGGAAAAAUCAAUAAUUUUAUACUACAGUAAUCCAUCUACAGUACCUCAAAACAUUUACAUAUUCUACUACAUUAACCCAACUACAGUACUCCCAAAUGUCCCUUUAAUUUUUCCAGGCUGAAGUUCGCGAUCAAAUCAAUCGAAAAGUGUUAGAAUGGCGUGAAGAAGGAAAAGCUCAAUUUGUUCCCGGUGUUCUUUUCAUCGAUGAAGCUCACAUUUUAGAUAUCGAAUGUUUCUCAUUUUUGAAUCGAGCAAUCGAAGGAGAAUUGAGUCCACUUUUAAUUAUGGCAACAAAUCGAUUGAUUGAAAAAGUUAGAGGAACUGAUGUUGAAUCGGCUCAUGGAAUUCCGAGCGAUUUUUUGGAUCGAAUGCUCAUUGUUAAUGCUGAACCAUAUACUAAUGAGGAUAUUGAGAAGAUUUUGAAGUUGCGGGCGGAUGAGGAGGGUGUUAAGUAAGGAUUUUUGGGAAUUCCGGAUAGGCGGAAGCUUGCGGAAUUUGAAAAAUGACGAAAAUUGAUACCAAACAUGCCUAGAAGGUUUUUUAAAACUUUAAAAGGUCAAAAAUGUCACUUGCGACCUGACGGCCGCACGUUUAGAUCGCUGCCGCUUACGCGGAAGCUUGCGGAAGCGGAAAAUUCGGGAUUUUUGCUCUAGAAUUAGCCUAAACCGGAAAAUCUGAGAUAAGUUUUGAAUUUUGAUAUCAAUUUCCCGAAUUCUGGAAGAUUUUGAGCCUAGAACUCGAAAAUUUGAGCUCCUGAGCUUAUUUUAGAAUUCUGGGACGAUUUUAAUGCGAAAAAAAAAUAAUUUUAGAUAGAAUUUGAGCUCUAGAGCUUGUUUUCAAGGUUUGGAGCAUUUUUCCAAUGAUUUUGAGCGAAAAUUUUGGAUUUCUGACAAAAUCUGAGCCCCAAAGCCUAUUCUAUGAAUUCCGGAGCAAAUUUAGACGGACUCUGGAACGAUUUUGGGGCAAAAAAAAAAAUUUUGGAUAGGAUUUGAGCUCGAGAGCUUUCUUUUGAGAUUUUUUAGCUCUGGGGAACUUUUGCAAGAUUUUGAUCCAAAAUUUGGGUUUUUUUGACGAGUUUUGAGUUUGGAACUCGAAAAUUUGCUCCUGAGCUUAUUUUUGAGAUUUUUCGCAUAAUUUUGAGCUCCGGAGAAUUUUCACAAGAUUUCGAGUUGAAAAAUGAGGUUUUUGGACAAUUUUCAGUCUUGGAGCCAGAAUUUUAGGAUUUUUUGCUCAUUUUUGAGCUCUGCAGCUCUGGAGCCAAAUUUUCAGAUUUGCUCAUAAACUACAGUAAUUUCAAGAGCUGACUAGAAAAAAUCUCAAGAUUUUUCAGAAAAAAUUGAAAUUCCCCCGAAAAAAAUCACGGAUUUUUUGUACGUUUCAAAAAUUUGAUAUGUUUUCUCAAAAUUUUGAAUUUUUUGAUAAGUUUCCUCUUUGCACAAAAAAUUCAAAAAAAAUUCUAAUUCUCCUAAAAAAUUCCCGAUUUUUCCAUGAAAAGUGCACAUUUCCUAUCUAAAAUCCCCUAAUUCAAAAUCUCUUCCUUCAGACUUGAUUCAAAUUCACUUGCUCUUCUGGUCAAACUCGUCUCAACAACUUCAUUGAGAUAUUCGAUUCAAUUGAUUUCGGUGGCUGAAGUUUUGAGAAUGAGAAGCAAAGAACAAACUGUAAGUGGCUUUUGGGGUCUCGUAUGGAAAACUACAGUAAUCCUAUCAAAAAAUGCUGAAAAAUGAUGGAUUUUGAGCUUGAAUUGAUCAUUUUUGGGUCCCGCAGCGAAAACUACAGUAAUCUAGUUAUAAGUCUUUGAAAAAUUAGAAAAAUAGCCAAUUUUAGGUCCCGAAGGGAAAACUACAGUAGUCUUAUCACAAAUUUGGGAAAAAAUGAUGGAUUUUGAGCACGAAUUGCUCAUCUUUGGGUCCCACAACGAAAACUACAGUACUCCAGCCAUAUUAUAUUAGUUUUGAUUUUAGCGACUGCAUGGUCUUGCGAAAUUGAAAAAUUAUUGGAUAAUAAAUUAUAUGUUGAAAUUUUGAAACGUUUUUUUUUCUGUUUUUAAAAAAUUCUAAUUUUUGAAUCAAAAUGUGUCUCAAAAUCCAAAUUUAGGUCUCGUAGCGAAAAAGUACAGUAAUCCCUGGAUUUUUAGCCAAAAAUUAUGAAUUUUGAACCAAAAUUGCUUUUUUUGGGUCUCGCCACGAAAACUACAGUACCCCUGCCAUGUUCCUUUCAAAAAAAACCCCCCAAUUUUUUGUAGAUCACAACCGACCACGUCUCAAAAGCCUACCGUAUGUUUUAUGACGCGAAACGAAGUCAAAAAUUGUUGAACGACGCCGAUUAUUUGCUCUAA